GGCGCAGAACACGUACCCACCGCUCGCCAUGGCCGCCGCCGCGCUCCUCCUCCUCCUGCCAAUAAUCAUGGUCGCCGUACCUGCGGCAUCGGCGGCGGGCGGCGAGAAGAGCACGCACAUCAAGCUGUACUGGCACGACGUGGUGAGCGGGCCGAGCCCGACGGCGGUGCCGGUGGCGCGCGCGCCGGCGACCAACGCCUCCCGGACGGGCUUCGGCGCCGUGGUGGUCAUCGACGAUCCGCUCACCCAGGGCCCCGACCGCAAGACCUCCAAGCCCCUAGGCCGCGCGCAGGGCACCUACAUCGCCGCCGGCAAGGACGAGGUGUCCCUGGCGAUGAACAUGAACUUCGUGUUCCAGGCCGGCAGGUACAACGGCAGCACCGUCGCCAUCAUGGGCCGGAACGCGGUGUUCGACGCCGUCCGGGAGAUGGCCAUCGUCGGCGGCACCGGCGUGUUCAGGAUGGCGCGAGGGUACGCGCAGGCACGGACGCACACGUUGGACCUCAAGACUGGCGACGCCACCGUCGAGUACAACCUCUACAUCAAGCACUGAUCUGAUCUUCCGAGUGCUCGGCGAGCCUCGAAUUAAUUAAUAUAUAUCGGCUUUGAUUGUUAGCGAUUAUAUAUGAAGAUGAAUUCAUGGACAAGAAUAAAACUAGAUGAUUGCGACA